AUUGAUAAGGCAUCCAAAUCGCUCCCUGUUUCCGCGUCACAUUUCCCAUCUGAACGAAGAAUAUGUCCGCCUGGUGGUCAGCCCUCCGACGAUCUCGCCCGUCCCUCCGCUCCACGUUCCUUCACUCCCAUUCCCGCCGGCCACCCACCUCUCUUCCACGGCAACCAUUGUUCCGUGCCUCCGCAGACCUCAACAGUAAUCCAACUGCCGACGAUGCCUCAUCCCUGUUGAAGUGGGCCUCCGGGAUCAGCACCGCCUUCGCUCUUUCUCUCGUUGUCUUUUCAAAAUCUUCUCCGUCUGUUUCCUUCUCUGAUUGCGCUACACCAGACCCUGCUGUAACGGCUACUGCUCCUGCUGCCCCGCAGUCUUCUAUCGAUAAUCGUCGACCCAAGUUUCUCUUUGGAGAUGCAUUUAGAAGGAAAGUGUUUUUCAAUUACGAGAAGCGGAUUAGGAUGCGCAGUCCUCCUGAAAAGGUCUUUGAGUACUUUGCUUCCUUCCGUGGCAAGGAUGGAAUGACUUUUAUGACACCAGCCGAUUUGAUGAGAGCGGUUGUUCCUGUUUUCCCAUCAUCUGAAUCUAACCUUGUGAGGGAUGGAUAUCUAAGAGGGGAAAGGGGUCCUGGUGAACUGCAUUGUUCCCCUUCAGAGUUUUUUAUGCUCUUUGAUACAAACAGUGAUGGCCUGAUAUCUUUUAAAGAGUAUAUAUUUUUUGUCACAUUACUUAGUAUCCCCGAAGCAAGCUUCUCAGUGGCAUUCAAGAUGUUCGAUCAUGAUGGAAAUGGAGCAAUAGAUUUGGCAGAGUUCAAACAUGUGAUGGCAUUGAUGCAAGCUCACAAUAGGCAAGGGGCCCACCAUAGUGAUGGACUUCGAGCAGGGCAAAAUUUAGGUGGUCAUGUCGAAAAUGGAGGCCUAUUUAAAUACUUAUUUGGGGAAGAUGGGAAGCAGCAGCUUCAACAUGAUAAGUUUGUGCAGUUUUUGAGAAAUCUUCAUGAAGAAGUGAUAAGGUUGGAGUUUGCACAUUAUGAUUUCAAGUCACAAGGAGCCAUAUCAGCAAAGGAUUUCGCCUUGUCCAUGGUUGCCUCUGCUGAUUUAAGUCAUUUGGGCAAAUUGCUUCGACGGGUCGAUCAUAUGGACAACAACCCACAAUUGUGCAAUCUGCGCGUCUCAUUUGAUGAAUUCAAAAGCUUUGCGGAGUUGCGCAGACAUUUGCUUCCGUUUUCGGUUGCACUUUUCAGUUACGGGAAAGUUAACGGCCUUUUGACCAGAACUGAUUUUAAAAGAGCUGCUUCUCAAGUUUGCGGGGUGGCGCUCACAGACAACGUGAUAGAUAUAAUUUUCCAUGUGUUUGAUACAAAUGGUGAUGGAAGUUUAAGCUCAGAUGAGUUGCUCAGGGUUAUCCAGAAACGGGAAACAGAUGCUGCUCAUCCUACAGAAGCUGGCUUCCUUAACUGGAUCUUUUGCUUCUUUAAUUGCACUCGAAAUUGCAGAGAUAAGAUCUCACUGCUAACCUCGGCUUGACAAACCAUUUACUCCAUGGAAAGGCGUAACUUUUGGCAUCAAUAGGACAAAGCAUGUAGUUAUGCAAGCUGCUCUCCAUAUGUCAAAUGUAAAUAUUCGGUCUUAUGUGCAUAACAAUAAGGACAAUGAUAGGAACGAGUAUGGGUUCAGAGAGUGGUUUAGGAAUUUUGCCCUUGCUAAUUUAUUAUGGGUAAAAUUAAGAAUAUUUUACCAUUCUGAGAACCACUCUUUGACCUUAUCAUGUAUAUAUCAUCAUUAUCCUAAUAGCAAUAACAAUAAUAUGAUGAUAAUAAUCAUAGUAACAAUAAUGGUAACAAAUCUUAGGUAGACUUGGUCUACGGUCUACCCCAGCAUUUGUAGGCUAAAGUACAAAAUAUUACAAUUGUACUUGGCAUGAGUAGAUCUUAGUGAUGUCAAUAUAUAUUGAAUGAAAUGAAUGAAUGAAUGAGUUGUUUUUAUUGGCUUUGUGAAA